AUGUCACUAAUGUCUAGCAUUCCAUUUAGACAUCUGGACCAGGAAGGUGCACCUUUCACAAAAGAGUUUCGACAGAGCAUCCUAAAGUUAGCAAAAUCUUACUAUUUUUUCAAAAUAGGAGAGGUGCCGUACUCAUUUGUUUUUGAAUAUCGGAGUGAUGUUGGACUAGCUCUAAAUACUAGUGGGAGUGUUAGGAUAAUGUGCGAUGUGUUGUCUGAUGGACUGAAACGUAUGGAUUUUAUAGAUCAUGGUUGUAAAAUGGUGAAUGAAUAUUGGUUCCCCAUGAAAAACAUUUUAUUAACUUUAUUGAACUUUACGGACUUGAGUGAGGGGGUCCGGGUAUCUGUGACAAAUCACCCAGAUGUUCUAACUCUUCUGGUGCAGCUGCUCAAUGAAUGGCAGAAUGAACAUUUGAAACAGGGAUUAUCAGAGGACCAGAACAAGUUGAUCAAAUGGACGAUCAGCAUCUUUCACAAUUGUGCAGGCACAGAUGAGAACAUAGCCAGGCUUCGAGAUCUUGAAGUUAUACAGAACAUUCGUUUGAGCAGCAUCUCAGUUCUGGCACUGUUGGUGAAUGAAGAGGAAGCAGAACUACUAAGUACCCAUGUCUCCAUUUUCCAGUUUAUGAUAAAGAAGUUAAGCAAAGCCCUGAAGAAGGAGGAUCACAAGGAUUUGGGGUGGUCAGCUGCUGAAUUAACUACAGCUAUUGGGAAACUGGCCAGGAAUGAUGCCAACAAGAAAGUCCUGGUUGAUGAAGGCUGUCUACCACUUCUUGUUGAGCUGCUGAAAGCUGGCGAGGAAAGGGAAAUUAAAGAAGCUUUAUGCUGUAUAUGGGCUCUGUCCUUUGAUAAGGAAAACAAGAACAAGAUGGUAAAUGAGCCUGGAUUGGUGACAGCUGUUUACAAAAAGUACCUCACAUCGAAUGGUUCUAGCCAGCAUGACUGUCAAGGAAUUCUGUGGUCCUUGCGGGAUGAGCUUUUGACAUCUCUGGAGUACAAAAGCAUAGGCCAUGUCAUGAUCAGCUAUCAGUGGGCAAAUCAAGAGGUUAUCAAGAAGAUCU